AUGGGUGGCGGCCGCAAGGCCGCGGCCGCGGUGGCCAUGGUCGUAGCCUUCGUCCUCUUCGCCGUUGCCUCGUCAGCGGCAGCCACCACGAUACCCGACAUGUCGAUCAUCUCGUACAACACGGCGCACGGUGUCCACGGGCUGGAGCGGACGGAAGCCGAGGUGCGGGCGAUGUACGACCACUGGCUCGCGCGGCACGGUCGCUCCAGCAACGCGCUCGGCGACUACGACCGCCGGUUCCGCGCGUUCUGGGACAACCUCAAGAUCGUCGACACCCACAACGCCGACGCCGACGCUCACGGGUUCCGUCUCGGGAUGAACCGCUUCGCGGACCUCACCAACGAUGAGUUCCGCGCUGCCUACCACGGCACCGCCGCGAGGAGCCUCGGCGGCCUCGCCGUCGGGGAGAGGUACCGCCACGACGGCGUCGAGGCGCUGCCGAAGUCCGUGGACUGGAGGGAGAAGGGCGCCGUGGCGCCCGUCAAGAACCAGGGCCAGUGCGGCAGCUGCUGGGCGUUCUCGGCGGUCGGCGCGGUGGAGGGGAUCAACAAGAUCGUCACCGGCGACCUGGUUACGCUGUCGGAGCAGGAGCUGGUGGAGUGCGCUAGGAACGGACAGAACAGCGGGUGCAACGGCGGGAUGAUGGAGGACGCCUUCGACUUCAUCGCCCGGAACGGCGGCAUCGACACGGAGGAGGACUACCCUUACACGGCCAAGGACGGCAGGUGCGACCACGCCAAGAAGAGCCGCACGGUGGUGUCCAUCGACGGCUUCGAGAGCGUGCCCGAGAACGACGAGCUGUCGCUGAAGAAGGCGGUGGCGCACCAGCCCGUGAGCGUGGGCAUCGAGGCCGGCGGGCCCGAGUUUCAGCUGUACGAGUCCGGGGUGUUCACCGGCAGGUGCGGCACGGAGCUUGACCACGGCGUGGUGGCGGUGGGAUACGACACGACCGACGACGGCAAGGACUAUUGGAUCGUGCGCAACUCGUGGGGCCCCAACUGGGGCGAGGGCGGCUACAUCCGCAUGGAGCGCAACGUCACGGCGCGCACCGGCAAGUGCGGCAUCGCCAUGAUGGCCUCCUACCCCGUCAAGACCGGGCCCAACCCGACACCCAAGCCGAACCCGCCGGAGCCGACGAAGCCCGUCACCUGCGACCGCCACAACAAAUGCCCGGCGGGGAGCACCUGCUGCUGCGCCCAUGGCGUCAGGAAGACGUGCCUCGUGUGGGGGUGCUGCCCCGCCAAGGGCGCCACCUGCUGCAAGGACCGAGACACCUGCUGCCCAUCGGACUACCCCGUCUGCAACCAAGAGAAUCGAACUUGCUCCAAGAGCAAGAACAGCCCGUACACCGUGGAGGCUCUCGUCCGUACUCUUGCUAAACCUUCUCUCUCCUCUUGGUGUCUUCAAUUUUUACCAAUCCAUUAUAUGAAGUCUACUGGAGAUGCUCUAAUAUUCUAA